AAAUUAAGGCUCCACCCUCUCGUUAUCCCAUGCUAAUUACCUGCCUUUGAUAAACAUGUGACUAUGCUAAUGAAGGGCGUUAGAGUACAGGAACCCAUCAGCCUUCCUUUCCAUAUUGUGGGAGGAACCUUUUCCCCCAAACAAAGGCCCCGCCCAUAGGGGGUGGGAUCCAAAAUGGGCUAAAAAGCUGCGGGAAUGAGAGCUGAGUUAGUUUGGGGAAGAGACGUGUGGGUACAGGGUACAGGGGCUCUGCAGGCUAAUGAGGAGACUCUGCCCAAGGACAGUGUUUUACAUAUUUGAUUGAAAAAAAGGCACAGAAGCCCCAGAAGCUGACAAUUCUCUGAUUCUUUGGAUAAAGACAAGAGGCCAUUAGACCGUGCAACUUCUCCAACACCAGGAAAUCCACACAUUGGAGAGAAAAAUCUGUAUCCGACUGAGAAAAAGCUUUAGUGCAAUGAGCAUUCCCAACUCCCAGAUGGAACUUCCCUCAGUGGCACAACAUGAAUGCCCAGAAUGUGGGAAAAGAUUCUCAGAAAAAAACAAACUUAUUAUUCAUUUCAGAGUCCACACUAGGGAGAAACCAUUCAUGUGCACGGAAUGUGGGAAAAGAUUCAGGCAAAAGCAAUGCCUUACAGAACACCAAUUAAUUCACACGGGGGAGAAACCAUUCACGUGCACGGAAUGUGGGAAAGGUUUCAUACUGGCAAAAUACUUUAAAAUUCACCAGAGAAUUCACACCGGGGAGAAGCCUUACACCUGUACAGAAUGUGGGGAAAGUUUCAAGCGAAAGCAAGUUCUUAAACACCAUCAGAGAAUUCACACCGGGGAGAAGCCAUACAACUGUACAGAAUGUGGGAAAAAUUUCAGGGUAAAGGAAGGACUUAAAAUACACCAGAGGAUUCACACAGGGGAGAAACCAUAUCCGUGUACAGAAUGUGGGAAACAUUUCACUUUGAAGAGUCAGCUACUCGUGCACCAGAAGAUUCAUACAGGGAUAAAACCGUUUGUGUGCACAGAAUGCGGAAAGAGCUUCUCCCAUAAAGCUCAGCUUCAGAUACACAAUAAAAUUCACACAGAGGAGAAACCAUUUUGCUGCGCAGAAUGUGGCAAACAUUUCCCUACAAAGGACAGACUUUCUUCUCACUUAAAAGUCCACACAGGAGAGAAACGAUUCACGUGCACAGAAUGUGGGAAACAAUUCUAUCGGAAGGACAGGCUUGAAGAACAUAUAAGAUGUCACACACAAGAAAAACCUUUUGCUUGUACAGAAUGUGGGAAAAGCUUUCGCAGUAAGGGAGGCCUUCACUCCCACCAUGCAACUCACACAGGGGAGAAACGAUUCACGUGCACUGAGUGUGGGAAAAAAUUCAAUAGGAAGGACAGGCUUGAACAACACAUAAGAUGUCACACAGAAGAAAAACCUUUUGCUUGUACAGAAUGUGGGAAACGAUUCAAUCGGAAGGACAGGCUUGAACAACACAUAAGAUGUCGCACAGAAGAAAAUCCUUUCCCAUGUACAGAAUGUGGGGAAAGCUUUUGCAGUAAGGAAGCCCUUUACUCCCACCACACAACUCACACAGGGGAGAAACCAUUCACGUGCACUGAGUGUGAGAAAUGUUUAGAUAAAAAGUGCAGCCUUCAACGGCAUCAAAUGAUCCACACAAGGACAAGGCUUUCCCAUAUACAGAGUGUGGCAGAUGUUCCUCUACAACAGCCAACCUUCAGCAGCCUCCUGUAUUAUACACAGGGGGGAAACCAUUCACUUGUACAGAGUGUGGCAGAUGUUCCUCUACAACAGCCAGCCUUCAGCAACCUCCUAUAUUAUACACAGGGGGGAAACCAUUCACUUGCACAGUGUGGCAGAUGUUCCUCUACAACAGCCAGCCUUCAGCAACAGCCAGCCUUCAGCAACCUCCUAUAUUAUACACAGGGGGGAAACCAUUCACUUGCACAGAGUGUGGCAGAUGUUCCUCUACAACAGCCAGCCUUCAGCAACCUCCUAUAUUAUACACAGGGGGGAAACCAUUCACUUGCACAGUGUGGCAGAUGUUCCUCUACAACAGCCAGCCUUCAGCAACCUCCUAUAUUAUACACAGGGGGGAAACCAUUCACUUGCACAGAGUGUGGCAGAUGUUCCUCUACAACAGCCAGCCUUCAGCAACCUCCUAUAUUAUACACAGGGGGGAAACCAUUCACUUGCACAGAGUGUGGCAGAUGUUCCUCUACAACAGCCAACCUUCAGCAGCCUCCUGUAAUCAGACAAUGGAGAGCCUUCAUUGGCACUAAAUAAUCCACAGGAUGAAGAGUUUCAGAUAAACAAAGGAAGAAACAGUCAUGGUGGCUUCAAUGUAUAAUAAUAGGAAUAAGUGAAUACACAAGGCUAUUUGUUGAUAGCAUUCACAAACACAAAAUGGACAUGGUUGCUAUGGAUAUUACAUAGUAACUAGGUACUGCCCCUUUAGAAGUUUUUCAUAUCCCUUCUCUAAUCCAGCAAUUUGCUCUGACGCCUUAGUAACAGCCUCCCCUAUACAUUAUGAUUUAUACAUAUUCAGGUGCGUAUUUACCUUAUUGGGCAGAACGGCAACGUCCUAGGAGUAGGAUUGUGAUCUAUUGGCCAAUAUGGGGUUAAUAGUUUAUUUUUUUUUAUUUUUUUGAAGUUUUGCAAUAUUUUCAAUAGGAGAGGUCCUGAAUAGUAAAAUAAAGCCACAAUAACAAUUGGGGGCUCAUUUAUUCAUUUUCGAGUUUGUAAAUUCGAGGUUUUUUUUUCUCACAUACCCAACGGUCACUUAUUUGUUAAUAAGGAAAAACUGUUCGAAUAAAGAUAUUAUAUCUCAAAAUAUUAGCGUUUUCUUCUAUAGAAUCGGCUUUUCGAUGGCGAAUUUUUACAUUCGAGUUUUCUGUUGUUUUGCACUUAAUAAAGACCAAACACUCGAGUUUCCGAACCAAAACUGGUUUUACGCGCAAAAAAACUCAAAUCGCGAACAAAAAUCAAAUGCGUCCGUUGAUAAUUCACCCCCUUAACAGAGCAAUAGUUUUAUGGCUGCCGGGGUCAGUGACCCCCCCUGUCUGAAAGCUACAAAGAUUUAG